AUGAGCGCGGAGGGAAGCGGCACGAUCCGCAGCCGCAUCAGGAGCCUGCUGCGCUCACCGUCCAUUAAACUGAGGCGGCGGAGCGGCGGAGCGGCAGCGCGGCACAAAGAGUCUCUGACUGACAGGGUGACGUUGGAGAAGGUUCUCGGUAUCACGGCUCCAGGGAACCGAGCGCUGUCCUGCGACCCGCGAACGGGACUGCUGGCUUAUCCUGCUGGAGACCAGCAGCAGAAGAAGAAGAAGAAGAAGAAGACUGCACACAACUUGGAGCACACUGAGCCUCUCAGGAGUGGACACUCCUCUGAGGUGGAGAUGGAGGAGGAUGAAGAGGAGAGAGGAGGAAGAGGAGGAGGAGCAGCAGGAGCAGCAGGAGGGGAGGAGGAGGUCAGAGGGUCUCAGCUCGUCCCUCAGACUCCGGACCAGGAAGCUUUCCUGAAGGAACAUUUUGUCACACUGGCCGAGCUCUCAGGCUCAGGGAGUCCCAGCAGAGGGUCUCACAGCUCCAGUGAGAGUCUCAGCAUCUCCUCCAGGUUUCUCUCCCAGAAUUCAGCUGCAAGUCGGCCGGUGCUUCCUCUCUCAUCUCGGACCACUGGAUCAGGAGGAGGGGGGGCAGAAGUGAAGACCCGUCCUCUGGUCUCUGAGGUCCGACCUCUGAUGGACCAGAACCAGAACCGGAACCAGGACCGGAGGGUGUCAUGGAACCAGAACCAGCCUCCUCAGAUCCAGAACCAGGUCCAGGUCCAGGUCCAGGGCCGGGUGGAUGAGGAGGCGUCCCCCGCCCCACAGACCCUCCGUCCCUCCCCCAUCAAGAAGAAGCUCCACACAGAGUCCAGGAGGAACCUGGGCCCCACGGCCCGGGCCGCCUCCUCACACCUGAACUCCUCUGGACUCAGGAAGGCCCAAUCAGUGAGCAACCUGCUGAGUGACACAGGUGAAGCCUCCGUGUCCACCUGUCGAUCAUCCAGAGACGUCUCCCCUCAGCUCCUCCUCCCCCCUCAGCGUCCCACCACCCUCCCCUCCUCCCCCAGACGCCCCCCCUCCACAGCCCCUCCCUCUCAGAGACCUAGCCCCGCCUCCCCUCGCUCCCCCCCAGCAGGAAACAGCUCCGUCACCGCGACAACGCCCAGGAAGUCUUCCUCCUCCUCGUGUUCAUCGUCAGCGUCUCGUUCCUACAUGAGCCCGACGGCCAGCUCCAUGGCCAAGAUCUCCCGCUCCGUCUCCAUGGGCGACAGCCUCAACGAGCCCCCCGAGGACCCCGCAGUGACAUCAUCAUCUUCAUCAUCUUCCUCAACAGCGGCAGCAGGUCCACCUCCUCUUGUUGCUGUGGUGCCCUCCAGUGCAGCUCUGGCUGCACCUCCUCACGCUGCUGUCAUCCCCGUUGUCGUUGCCCCCCCCACCUCCUCAUCUUUGGGUAACCAUGGUAACCAGACGGUGCCUCCCGCCCGUGGUCUCCAGGCACGAGUCCCCGGCGCCAGCAAACCGCUGCCUGACAAACUCUCCCUCGCCUCCUUCUCGCCCUCCACCAAGACCUCCUGCUCCUCCUCCUCGCCUCGGCCUCCCCCCGUCGCCGUUUCCCCCCUGCCCCCCCCCCCACAGGAGGAGGAGCCCCAGACUGCUGCAGGCGGCGGCGGCGUGGAGCACAGAGAUGAUGCAGACGAGCCAAUCAGUGUGGAGAACUGCAGAGCUCUGACCAAUGAGCUGCAGAGCUGCUUUAAGAGAGCAACACACCUGUACAGGAAGGUGAGCGGCUCCUGUUCAGGUGACUCCGCCCCCGAACAGCAUCAGAUGGCCGGCGUCCUAUCAGAAGCCUUCCAGGCCAUGAGGGCGGAGCUAGACUCGCUGCGGCAUGCUGGAGUGGAGGGGGGGCUGCUGGGGGGGGUGAAGACGGCGGCGCUCCUGGAGGAGUAUUCACUGCUCCUCCUGCAGGCGGUGCAGCAGAGAGUCCACAACAGAUAGACCUCCUCACUGCUCCUCCUACCUGCUCCUCA